AUGCCCUCCCCUCUUCCGUACUCGCCCAACUCUCCCGCCAUCACUACCACCUACGCGCCAACUUCACCCCCCAGUCCCUCCUCCAGUCCCGAGGUGAUCGGCGAGUUCACCCUCGACGCGCUGUCCCUUGACGCGACUCCGCGCCCAUCGCCCAACCGUCCCAACCUCUCAGCCCCGCCUCCCACCCCCGCUACCCCCCACAUCGUGGCGACUACCCCGCGGCCCAUCCCAGCCCUUCCCAACUUCACCGACGGAGGCCCCUCCCUCGGCUUUGCGUGGUACCUCAACCUCGGGCCGUCGCCGGCCGAGACGUGCAAGAUCAUCGUCGACCGCUCGACAGGGGAGGUGUGUGCCCGCCGGGCGGACCUCGAGCGCGGCGCGCGUAACAUGUGUCCUGGUCGUGAGUUUUUUGCGGACGGGCUGACGCAGAUCUGUCGCGUUUCCAGGCAGAGGCUGCGGGUGUUUGCGAGCCACGAUUAG